CGCAGGGGGGAGGGACAGUUGAUCGUGAGCUGGUGCCUCUGGGAUGAUGCUAGAGCAGAAGAGAAUGGGUAUAGAAGCUGGGUGGAGGAUGGGAGGAGGCGAUGGCGAUGAAGGCGACAAAGGAAAGGAAGUAUUUUUUCUGUCUUGACAAGGAACGAGAGAGGAGAAGGAAAGGAAUGAAGCUUAUGACGCUUGUUAUUCUUUUGCUUUCUUAUGAGCAAACAGCAGCAGUAACCAGCAACACCUCCCCCAUGCCCCCCACACGCAGGCAAAGGCAGAGGCAAAUUUUGACUGCAAUGUCCAUCUGUGGUCAUCUCCUCGUCGUCUGCACGGCUCUCAGGCGCGUGUUUCGACCAAAAGGGCAGGCAACAAACACGAACACGACCAUCGGCACCAACGAUCGACUGUCAACAAUCGAGAAAGGGGAAAGCACUCCUCAGUUGAGUUGACCAUGUCCACGCUCUUCACUUCCUGUACUUCGCCUCCACUUGCUUGCCCACACAGCUGCAUGCGCGUCUUAUCUCUAGGCCGGAAUGAGAUCCAUGGGUCACUCAGGGACUCACUGACGGCAAGCAAUAUCAUCCUUGGACUUCAAUUGACGAUGCUUCCGCAUUGAAAAAC